AUGAAACGCACAGCUGUGGCGCGCGUGCACCCGCGAACCGCGCGUCAGACCCAGUGGCUCCGGAGCGUCCUGGCGCAUCACCACCGUCCCGACCCGCGCGCGGACAACGAGAUCAUCGUCCUAGCCACCGGAAUGGACCAGUACCUGCAGGAAGUCUUCCACCACCUGGCCUACCCGAACCAAGACGACACGGUGCGCGCGGAGGACUUCCGCGCGCUCUGCGCUGCGCUGGGACUUCCGGGGACGGAGGGACAGAAAGCGCCGGAGCCAGGAGGACACGGGGACAUGGAGCGCUCCGAUGAAGACUUGAGGGACGCAUGCUUGGGACUGCCAGAACAACUUACUUUUAAAGACUUUCACGCGCGGCUUUGUGGGGUUUUCCGCGUGCGCAGUGCGCGCUCCGGCUCAAGAGAGUGCGCGUGGCGCCUGCCUGUCUCUGAGGAGACGGAGCUGGUGGAGAGACAGAUCCGACUCCGGUGUCCCCGGGUCCGGAGGAGGAAGUGCGUGAGCUUCGAUGUGACCCGGGACCAGUCCAGGACCCCCGUGGAGCCAGGUACCAGCAGGACCCCCGUGGAGCCAGUUUCGGAUGAAGUUGCUGCUCUGAGGGAGUUGGUGGAGGACCUCCGCUCGGCGCUGCAGGGGAGCGAUGCUCGCUGUCUGGCCCUUGAGGUGGCCCUCAGACGGGGACAGGGCAGCACUUCCCCAUCUUCUUCUAACAACCCCGUGCAAGGAAACGUGGAACCACCUGACAGAGCUGAGGGGCAGCCGGAUGGGGUUGAAACAAUAAGAACAAGGAGGGCACAGAACAGAUGGGACGUCAGAGACCCGGUCCUGAGGGAGCUGAAGCUGAUCCGCUCAUCGCGUGACGGCCAGCUGGAUGAAGCCAUCAGCUUCAGCAGGCGCUUAGAGGAGGAGCUGCAGUGGGCCUACCAGGAGGUGUGCAAGCUGCAGGGCCUGGAGUCUUCUCUGAGGAAGGAGAACUCUCAGAUCAGGAAGAGGGCGGAGGAGGCCCGCGAGGCUCUGAGGUUGGGGCUUCAGAGGGUUCGGCUGAUCCAGGAACAGGCCCAGUCCGUGCCACAGCUCCAGUCCAGGAUCACCCAGCUGGAGGAUGAACUGCUCCAGUGCAGGAGCUGCUGCACCUGUCUUGCUGUUUCUCCAGCUCAGCUGAAUCAUUCUGAAGACUCGUGCAGUAAUCCAGAUGCUGAAUGUCUACAGAGAGCAGUGGAAGGAAGAGCUGCCUCAGAUGAAGAGGAAGAGGACAGGGAGAUGAAGAUGUGCUGCCCCCUGGAGGGGAAAAGAUCCAAGUCACAUGUUUGUGGGAAGAGAUAUCAGAAUGACGCAGAUAACCAUCCUGUUUAUGACAAAAGACACAGCAGCAGGGACAUGUGCAGCUGGACUGGACCAAACCAGGAGAAGGCAUCUGAAAACAGAGUCUCUGGGAGGGGGCAGAGACCUCAGGAAAAGGAGGACAGAAUGAUGCUUCAGAAGACAGAGAAGAGACGUCUGUCUAUGCUGGAGGACAAACUCAAAGAUUCACUCUCAUUGCUACUGCAGCUACGGACUAAGGGUGUGUCCCACAGGCUCCUGGAGAAGAUGGUGAUGGACAGUCUGGAUGUCUGCAGAACAUCUGGACCUGGUUCCCAGGAUGGUUCUGCAGGCUGAUGAUGUCCUCUGCCCCCAUGUGUCCUCCAGUGAUCCCCCCAGAGUCAGAGAGU